AUGAGUCAGCAAGAGAUAGGAGAUCCAGGCAGUGGAGUGAAAGACGUGAUAGACGUACUCACCAAGACUCCUCCAAAGCGACUGAGCAGCCUGACAAACCAGCUGGGCUCCUCCACUGAAGAGGACAUUGUGCACGCACUAUGCCUCUUCCUUCUGCAGAGAGAGGUUCAUUUCCCAAACCACCACCACCAGCAGCAGCACCAGCACCACCAGCACCAGCAGCAGCAGCAGCACCAGCACCACCACCAGCAGCAGAGCAAGACACAGAACUAG